UUGCCGUCACCUGUAUCUGUCAUCGUUGACUUUAAUAUUCAAGCAUGGAGGAAGAAACAGAGUUCGAUCCUUUAGAGAAAUUAACCAAAAAAGUUAAAAAGCCCGGAGUUAUCUAUUUGAAUUUCAUUCCAAGAUACAUGACCGUUAAAAAAGUAAGAGAAUAUUUUUCUGAAUUUGGAGAAGUGCGUCGUCUUUUUCUGAAACCUGAGAAAAGAAAAAAGCCUGGAAAACCUAGUAAAUUUUUUACGGAAGGUUGGAUUGAAUUUACCAGCAAGAAAACAGCAAAACAUGUGGCUGAAUGCUUAAAUGGUGUACAAGUUGGUGGUAAAAAGCAUACACCUUUUUAUGACGCUUUGUGGAGCAUAAAAUAUCUGAAAAAGUUUCAGUGGAGUCAACUUAAUGAAAAGAAAGCUUAUGAAAAAGCUAGAAAGGAACAAAGAAUGAGAGCAGAAAUUGCACAAGUGAAAAGGGAAGUAAAUUUUUAUACCAAAGGUGUUGAAAAAUCAAAGAGACAAAAAGUGAAGGAUAUUCCAGAAAAUGAAGCUACAAGUAAUGUCCAUUUAACAAAACCACGUCUAAUAGAUACAAUUGGCAAAGAGAGUAAAUCUGCAGAUGAAAGAUGUUCUCUUUUACUUCGACAAGUAUUUGGGACAAACUAAAAUCUAUUUA